ACGGGGGGGAGGAGGAGGAGGAGGAGGACGGAGCGCGGCGGCUCCGCUCGGCCGCGGCUUAAAGAGCAACAUACUACUCCACGGCAGCCGCCGCCAUGUCCGCGCUGGCGAAAGCCUCCGGCGCGCUCAAGUCGGUGGAUUACGAAGUGUUUGGACGAGUGCAAGGUGUUUGUUUCAGGAUGUACACAGAAGAGGAAGCUAGGAAGUUAGGACUGGUUGGCUGGGUUAAAAAUACCAGUCAAGGAACUGUAACAGGCCAAGUUCAGGGCCCAGAAGAUAAAGUAAAUGCAAUGAAGUCCUGGCUGAGCAAGGUUGGAAGCCCAAGUUCUCGCAUAGACAGAACAAAUUUUUCCAAUGAAAAGGAAAUUUCCAAACUUGACUUCUCAGGAUUUAGCACUAGAUACUAACAGAAGAAGACAUCACUAAGCACAAAACGAUGAUGUUUCUGCUGCAUGAGAUUUUCUGUGCCUCCAUAAAAAGGCUCGAGAGCAUUUGGGUGCUUUCUGUACUAGAGAUAAAUAUAAAUCGUCCCUGUUCACACAAAGUAAGAAUUCUUAGACUGUAGUGUCUGAAAUGCCAGAUUCUAAUUUAUUACAUCUUAAAAGCUAGAUAAAUGCUUACAAGUAUCAGUGAUUAUUUGUGCAUAGUGAGAUCUAUUGUAUAUAACCUUAUGGAACCUAAUCUUUACACUGUGAUUCAUAUUUAUAGAUGAAAAACAAUAAACUUAUGUUCUACUGGGUGUAAUUUCACAAAAAGACACUUAACCACAGGACUGGAACAAUUGUAACAGCUCUGUAUUAUAGAUCAUCUUAUCUGUGAUGAGUAGUUAAGUUACAGUGGUAAUUUCAAAUAAAUGUAUGUUGCCUCAAACUUGAGAUCAUCUUACCAGCUGUGGCUUAAAGCUCUAUAAUAAUGCAGAUAAAUCUUGGAACAAGAUGAUGAAAUGUGUGGCCUCUCACCCCUUUGUCCUUGUCUGCUUACAGCUUACAUCCAUACUGACUGCAAAAGAUGUUUUGAUCUGCUUUUUCGAUGUUCUUGGUAAAAUGGAAGAGUUGA